UCUUUGACAAUAAUAAUCACUCAUUUUCCACGGUUAACGAGGCUUUUCUUCUAGACUGCAAAGUGGGGGAAGGUACUUGCGAGUUGACUAUAUAUGCGGCAGCUCCACCCACCUUCUACCCGGCAGAGACAGACUCAUUUUUUCAGAAACUUUUUUUUUCUUUGAAGAGGUUACCAAUGGAAGAAGAACAAGUGAAUCUAGGUAGCUCUAUCCUGGUCCCAUGCGUUCAAGAGGUGGCAGAAGGAGCCCUCAACCAAAUCCCACGACGCUAUCAGCGUCCCGAUCAAGACCCCAUUGAAACACCGUCGAUGCCACAGCAAGUCCCGGUCAUCGACCUGCAAAAGCUGCUCUCUGGAGAUUCAAUGGAUGUCGAACUAGAAAAGUUGCACCAUGCUUGCAAACACUGGGGUUUCUUCCAGCUGAGGAAUCAUGGGGUGAGCAGUUCGUUGGUGGAGAAAGUGAAGAAAGGGAUCGAAGGAUUGUUCAAGCUGCCGAUGGAAGAAAAGAGGAAGCUUUGGCAACGUCCGGGGGAGCUUGAGGGAUUCGGACAAGCUUUUGUUGUGUCUGAAGAACAAAAGCUCGAUUGGGGAGACAUAUUCUUCAUCGCUUCCCUGCCAACCCAUCUCAGAAAACCUCACCUCUUUCAAAACCUUCCUCUCCCUUUCAGAGAUGACAUUGAAGCAUAUUCGGUAGAAGUGAAUAAUUUGGCUUUAAAAAUACUUGGUUUCCAAGCAAAAGCACUGAGGAUGGAUCCUGAAGAUAUGAAAAUUUUCAAAGGAGGAUACCAAACAUUUAGGAUAAACUAUUAUCCCCCAUGCCCACAACCAGAACUUGCCAUAGGGCUCACCCCUCACACCGAUGGUGUCGGCAUCACCAUUUUGCUUCAGAUUAAUGAAACGGAAGGUCUUCAAAUCAAGAAAGAUGGAGCUUGGAUUCUCAUCAAACCCUUACCCGAUGCUUUAGUUGUUAACGUUGGCGAUAUCAUGGAAAUAAUAACGAAUGGAACAUACCCAAGCAUUGAGCAUCGAGCGGUGGUCAACUCGGACAAAGAGAGGCUAUCCGUCGCCACAUUUCUCUGCCCCAGACUGGAAGCACAAAUGGGACCUGCUCAAAGCCUGAUUACUUCUCAGACUCCACCUCAAUUCAAAACAUUGGUCGUAUCCGACUACUUAAAGGGGCUGUUUAAACGUAAGCUCGAGGGAAAAUCAUACCUUGAUGACUUGAGAAUUGAAAAUUAACUGGAAAUGAAGAAAAUAAAUUACUAGUUAUAAUUGUUAUAAAAAGGGACGAGAAAGUAAGUGAAUAAGGGCUUAGUCAAGUGAAUAAGGGCUUAGUUACCAUGUAAUUUGAUCAAGUAGCAAAAAUAUACAAAUAUCUAGAAGAGAGAUAAGUAGGAGGGAUCUCCAUUUAAAUAUAAGGGGCAUCCUCCUUUUAUAUUCCUGUUGUUGUAUUCGAUGUCCCGCGAUAAUUCUUGCUAAAAGGAUUAUAACAGUGGCGGAGCUUUAUAUAAUUUAAGGUGGAAACAUGUUUAUCCUGA